ACAGAUCCAGGUGAAAAACAUUCAGUCGAGCUAUUAGAAAUUGGCAAGAUUUUUUCAAAGUUUGUGUUAUUUUAAGGAUUACUAUUGUGCUGUUUAAAGGUACAACGCAAUACUGAAAAUAUGUACAGAAAAGCUAUACGAAGCACGUCCUAUUUGCGACCUAUUGUGACCGGGACCUCGCAAAUUAUGACUAAAAUUUCACAAAAACACUUCGCUUCUCUCGGAAAACCGGAGCCGCUGUUGUGCCCAUUGAGCACGAUGAACCGGCUCCCGAUUCGAACAAUGUUUAUCCAGACACAGGACACCCCAAAUCCAGACAGUCUCAAGUUUCUCCCUGGUGUACCGGUACUCGAGAAAGGCCAAACAAUGGAUUUCCCAACACCUGCUGCUGCCAUGUGUAGCCCCCUGGGUAAAUUACUAUUCCGAAUCGAAGGUGUCCGGUCGGUUUUCUUCGGACCUGACUUUGUUACCAUUUCCAAGCACGAGGAUGCCGAGUGGCGUUUGAUAAAGCCAGAGGUGUUCGCCGUCGUGAUGGACUUUUUCGCUUCCGGGUUACCGGUGGUGACUGAUGCGAAGCCCACCGGAGACACACAGAUCAACGAGGAUGACGACGAGACGGUGCAAAUGAUCAAGGAGCUGUUGGAUACGAGGAUUCGCCCGACGGUACAGGAAGAUGGAGGGGAUAUUAUAUUUAUGGGUUUCGACGAUGGGGUUGUGAAGCUGAAGAUGCAAGGCUCCUGCUCAUCCUGUCCCAGCUCGAUCGUGACGCUGAAGAACGGGGUGCAGAAUAUGCUGCAGUUCUAUAUACCGGAGGUGGUUUCUGUGGAGCAGGUGACUGAUCAGGUGGAUGAGGUGACCGAGAAAGAGUUUGAAAAGUUUGAGACCAAAAUACAGCAGAAGGAGGACAAAUAACUGAUUUAAUUGUAGACCUUUGAUUACUAAAAUAAUUUGAAUAUAUCUUAACCAAAAA